AUGAGCAGUAGCCGCAUCUGCGUUGCGGUGCGGAAGCGCCCCACCCCUGACGUGGACAAGGACAUCGUCGUCGCACAGUCGCCGUACCUGGUGGUGAAUGAGCCCAAGGUGAAGUACGACCUGACCCCAUACACCGAGCGGCACCAGUUUACCUACGACCAGGUGCUGGAUGAGAACUCCAACAACGCGCUUGUCUACCAGCGCUGCUGCUCCAAACUCAUUGACACGCUCUUCAACCACGGCAACGCCACCUGCUUCGCCUACGGGCAGACAGGCAGUGGCAAGACGCACACGAUGCUUGGCAACGAUCAUGAGCCGGGGUUGUACGCCAUCGCGGCAAAGGACAUCUUCUCACGUGCGGCUCCACUAAACGCCGAAGUGUACAUAUCCUUCUACGAGAUUUACGGUCGAAAAAUAUUUGACUUGCUCAACAACAAGGAGCGCCUCGUGGCGCGUGAGGACGCGGAGAAGGUGAUCAACAUCUGUGGCCUAAGCGAGCACAAGGUCACCGACAUUCAAGGUCUCUUCGACAUCAUUUCCCGCGGCAGCGCCUACCGGGCUGCCGGGCAGACAAGCGCCAACAGUGAAAGUAGUCGCUCACACGCCGUGCUGCAAAUGGAGAUACGGGAGGUGCAUAACCGCCGCGCCAAAACAAUUGGGCGAAUCUCCUUUAUUGACUUGGCAGGAAAUGAACGAGGUGCCGACACGUUUGACUGCGAUCGCAAGACACGCAUGGAGGGCGCCGAUAUUAAUAAGUCGCUUCUCGCCUUGAAGGAGUGUAUUCGGGCGCUUGGCAUGGGCAAGUCGCACGUUCCUUUUCGCGGCUCCAUCUUAACCGAGGUGCUGCGGGACUCCUUCGUCGGCAACAGCCGCACGACGAUGAUUGCCACAAUCUCCCCCACCUCCGCCCACUGCGUCAACACCCUCAACACACUCCGCUACACGCAGCGCGUCAAGGACCUCGGCGGGGAGUCGAAGUCGGUUCCAGUGGAAAAGGCGGAGCGGCGCCCCGUGAAGAAGGCGAAGCCGUUUGAGGCCCCACCGCCCAUCAAGUCGCGGCCGGAGUGGGUGGACAACUUCUUGGCAAACGAGGGUGAGCACGUGGUAGAGGACGAUGGCAACAGCAGCGGUGAACAGGCGAAGCCGCAACCAAAGCAGCGGGUGAAUAGGCCUCUGGCUGGGAAGGAAAGCGGGCAAAAGUCGGAGAUUGUGGUGCGGGAUCCCAAGAUUGCGACCAUCGUGCAAAACCACAUUGACGCCCUGCAAGACGGCAGCGACGAGGAAGACGAGGAGGAGGAGGAACACGCCCCUCAGCUUGGUCUGUUGGCCAAGAGUGAGGAAAAGCAGGUCCGGAAGGUGCAUGCGCACGUGCUGGAGGAAAUUUCUAGGGCCGAGGAGAAACUCGUCGCCUUCCACCGCCGGCACAUCGACACCAAAAUGACAGGCAUCAAGGAGGAGAUCCGUGCGAUUCAGGCCUUUGAGGAUUCAGACUUUGUUGACGAGUACGUUAAUCGGGUGCGGACGUUGCUGAUGCGGCAGAAGCAGGACGUGGAGACAAUAUUAGGACUUUUGAACGGCAUUACUGGCAUGCUGCGCGAGGAGGAGGAGCUCUCCAGCACGUUAACCACGUCGUUGAAGGUUCAUAAAUGA